UUGCUUCCUCUCCUUUCUUAACCCAUCAUGUCGUCCGCCUAUAACGCAGUAUGUUACUUCCUUCCCCUUUCUGGCUUCACGACUUCAACAGGCGAUCCACCUCCCCCCUCCCCCCUCUCUUCCCCCUUCCAUCGACCCCUUCUCAAUUCCUCCCUGUCUUGAAACAAGGCUUGCAUCUGCAGACCCCUCAUGGCUCCCUUCUACAUUAGCUUCAUGUCUGUUUCUAAUCCAUUCUGCGCCUCCUUUAGAUCAAGCUCCGCCGCAAGAAGAAUGUAAAGAAGGGUAUCCAGUUCAGUUUGAUGGUCUGUGGUGCCAGCGGAACUGGACGUACGACUUUUGUCAACACCCUUUGCGGCAAGCCGGUGCUUCAGAGCAAGGACGCGGAUGAUGCUGCCAAUGCUCAUCUCGAGGAAGGUGUUCGCAUCAAGCCAGUCACAGUUGAGCUCGAGUUGGACGACGAAGGCACCCGAAUCUCCCUCACCAUCGUUGAUACCCCAGGAUUCGGUGACCAGAUUGACAACGAAGCCAGGCAUGUGGUCACCGCCAAUCUUGUUUUUGGUGAAAUCGUGGGAUACCUAGAGCGCCAAUACGAUGACAUUCUUGCCGAGGAAUCACGAAUUAAGCGAAACCCCCGUUUCAGGGAUAACCGUGUCCACGUCCUCCUGUACUUUAUUACACCAACCGGCCACGGUCUGCGUGAGCUGGACAUUGAAUUGAUGAAGCGCCUUUCUCCCCGUGUCAAUGUUAUCCCCGUCAUUGGAAAGGCCGACUCCCUCACCCCCGCAGAACUCGCUGAGUCGAAAAAAUUGAUCAUGGAGGACAUUGAACAUUAUCGCAUUCCCGUUUACAACUUCCCUUACGAUAUCGAGGAGGAUGACGAGGAUACCGUGGAAGAGAACGCUGAGCUGCGGGGCCUGAUGCCUUUUGCCAUCGUCGGUUCCGAGGAUAUGGUUGAAAUUGAUGGACGUAAGGUACGAGCCCGGCAAUACCCAUGGGGCGUUGUCGAGGUCGAAAACCCACGACACUCUGAUUUCUUGGCCAUCCGAAGUGCUCUUCUUCACAGUCACCUUGCAGACCUGAAGGAAAUCACUCACGACUUCCUCUAUGAAAACUACCGUACUGAGAAACUCAGCAAGAGUGUUGACGGUGCUGCUGCGUACAAUAGUGGCGGCGAUUCAUCCAUGAACCCUGAAGACCUUGCAACCCAGUCCGUCCGUCUGAAGGAAGAACAGCUCCGUCGUGAAGAGGAGAAGCUUCGUGAGAUCGAGCUGAAGGUCCAGCGUGAGAUUGCCGAGAAGCGCCAGGAACUGUUGGCUCGGGAGAGCCAAUUGAGGGAGAUCGAGGCCCGUAUGGCUCGCGAAGCAAGCCAACUAGAGGCAGCCAACGGAGAUCACUAA